AUGAUUCCUAAAGUUUGGAAACCACGGAGGAAAAGAACAAAUAUACUACUUUUUAUAGCAACAAUAGUAGUAUUAUUCAAUAUUCACCAACUUGGAUUAGCUCACAAGCAUGAAAGUGUACCGAUUUCAUUAAAAGACAUAAGCAGUAAACAUAAUGCAUCAUCAAUACAUCAUAAAUUUCUAGCCAAAUAUCCCUUUGAGUCAGUUAUUGAUCUUUCAUUGAACCAAAGAUGUGAUUUAUUUUUUCAAUUUUUAUUUGAAAGUAAUAAAAGAUGGAUGCUUGAUCCUAUGCAACAUUAUGAAGUUGAUUAUCAAGGUGAAGAGUAUAAUGAAUUUAUAUUGAGAAAUGCAUUUAGAUUAACUCUUGAAUUUCAGGAGAAAUAUGGUAAUGAUUUCCCUGAAGAUGAAUUUGGAGAAAAAGUUGGGGAAUAUAUGAAGAAUGAAUUUUAUAAACAAGAAUCUUUGACAAAUCAAGCUUCAAUUAAAAAUCAAAUUUCAAUUUAUAGAUUAUUUAAUCGAUGUUAUAUGUCACCUAAUGAAGUUUCAACUGAAAAAGAAAACAAGAGCAAAAGACGUGUGAUAUCUGUGGAGCACAGAGUGAAUCCAUGGUUAUCUAAAAAGUUCCCAGUUUAUGAAAAAUGGGAUGGUUCUGUUCGAAAGUUGAAAAUGAAGACUGAAGAUUUAGUUUUAAAUCAGUACAAGAGUAUAAGUUCUGGCAAAGGGAUGGUAGUAACAAUAUCUGAGAAACACGUUGAAGAUACCAUUAGCUUAAUUCAUAUACUUCGUGGGUUGAAGAAUGAUCUUCCUAUGGAAAUCAUCUACACUGGAUUGUCACCAAAAUCUAAAAAGAAACUAAUCAAUGCUGCUAGAGAAGAAUAUCAUGAUUUACCUCCACAAGAAAUUUGGUUUGUUGAUAUUAGUCCUGCAAUUGCCAACGGAUAUAGAUUUCUUUUUGAAAAAUUUGACUUCAAAUUAUUAUCAAUGUUGUUUAAUUCUUAUGAAGAAUUUAUCCUUCUUGAUGCAGAUACCGUUCCUUUCAAACUGCCAAGUUAUUUUUUCAAUAUGAAUGGUUAUAAACAAACAGGAGCAUUUUUUUUUAAAGAUAGAGGUGUUCUUAUUCCUCGUGUCGCUCAAGACGGUGAGUUCAUUUCUUCAUUGGGUCCAUCGGAUUUAGAAACAACUUUAUUUGGAAUACCACAAAUGACCCAACAUACAUUAGGCAAUCCAUUCUUUAGAGGAUUGGUACAUUAUCAAGAAUCUGGAUUGUUGGUGAUUAACAAAAACUUACAUUUCCAAUCCAUAUUGAUGGUCAUUCAAUUGAUAUUUAUGCGUCCCGUAGCCCGUAAAAGUAUGGGUGAUAAAGAGCUAUAUUGGAUGGGGUUUUCACUUAAUGGUGAUGAAAAUUAUACAUUUAAUGAUAAUUUUGCUGCGGCUGUGGGUCAGUUAACUCCGGAAGGAGAUAGGAUUCGUCCAGAUGGGAAGAAAUUUAAUUCUAAAGAAAUUUGUUCAUCACAUCCAGGUCAUAUAAGUUCAGAAGACGGGUCAUUAUUAUGGAUGAACACAGGAUUUAAAGUGUGUAACAAAAUCAUGUCAAGUUAUGAUGAUCAGGCUGAUAAAAAUGAAAUUAAUAAUAUAUGGAAACAUAUAAAAACAGGUGAAGAUUUUAAGAAUUUUUAUAAUAGUCCCGUGAAAAUAACCCAUGCAAUUCUACCACCAUUAGAUGAAGAAUACAGAUUAAGAUAUAGUUUAGAACGAGAACCAUCAGAUGGUUGGUCAUGUCCAAAGGAAUUUUGUGAAAAUUACAUGUGGUGUGGUUAUUCUAGUAUUGGAGGAGAAAAGAAUACAUUAGAAGGAAGAGUGAUUACAUUUGAUGAAGAAGAAGUAAAGUUGUUUAAAUAUUUGGGAGAUUUAUGGACUGAACUGCAAUAG